AGCCAUGAAACAGAAGAACAUAUCCUUGCACGAGCUUACCGCUCUUCAAGUGAACUUUAGUGGCGAACGAGCGCGGCAUCCAAUUGCCCGUACCUCAAAGAAGAUAUCCGGAAACCCUGAUCACCUCGGCAAUAUAAUCAACACUCGACCGUUCGUCAACUCAAGAAAGAGGAGCAGAAAUCAAAUGGAAGGUUCUGCUUCCGCCAGUGAGUCGAUUCAGGCUGAGUCCGAGCAUGAGGAAACAAGCCGACGCAAGAAGCGACGGGGGGACAGGUACUUUCCGGAGGUAUUGCCUUAUUUACAUCCUCCCGCGGCCUCAGACAAUACCAGAGAAGGUCACUUCGCGAGUUACUCUGGCGAUAGUCUACCCUCGUCUGAUCUUCUUAAGACCAUCCAUCACUUUGCUAGCAACUACUAUGCUCAACGUGGACUAUUAAAAGGCGCCUCACGUACGAAAAGGGCAGGAUCCUCCCCAAAUGGCAAGCAGGCUGACAGCGAAUUACCAUCUGAUUCUUCUAGAGACUUCAGCAGCCAAGAAGAGAGAACUGAAGAAGACGAGGAAUCCUUAUCAUCCUCAUUGAACAAAGGAAAGGAGAAAGAGGUGAAAAGUCGAGAGAAAGGGAAGGAUUUGCAGAGAUUUACCCAUAUGGAGAGUCUUGGAGUUCUUCCACUUGAUAUCUCGUCUCGCAAUCAAGAGCCUUUCUCGAACAAAGUCAAAGACAUGUAUCGGGCGUUCGAUGGUUCGGCAUUGCUACUCAUCGGUGCGUCUUUUAUCACUUCCAUUGAACAGGAACGAGAACGAAGGCAUCGUGCCGGACCUAAAGAACGACAGAAGGACCAAGAGGCUAUCGCAAGAAGUAUUCAUUCGUCCUCAAGUUCAGAGACCUCUACGACAUCGAGUCAAGGGGGAAGCAGUAGCGAGGAGAUAAUCGAAGGACAAGGCAAUAGUCAAGAGCCUAUGGAUAGCAUGAGGGAAGACGAGAGAGAAAAGAGUUCUGAGUCUGGCUCAAGGUCACGGGAGGAAACUAGUCAUGACGAAACGACUAAUAGCGACACAGAGACAGAGGGAUCAACGAAUUCCACAGACACAUCAUCCUCGUAG